UGUUGCGCUGCACGGCAGUGUCUCGGGCGGUGUAGCUACUGCUGCAGCCAGAGGAGCAGACAGGACCCUGCUCUGCUCGUUCAUCCGGCCACACUUUUCUUUUCCAUUUUUUAGCCCCUUCCCUCCCCAUUUCCUUCUCCCUUGCUCCGCCUGCCUGGCAUCCAUCUCCCCCGCCCUGUGACCCCCUCCCGACUCCGCGCACCGGGGCUAUGGCCGCAGAAGAGGUGUUGCAGACGGUGGAGCAUUAUAAGACUGAGAUAGAGAGGCUGACCAAGGAGCUCACGGAGACGACCCACGAGAAGAUCCAGGCUGCUGAGUACGGGCUGGUGGUCCUGGAGGAGAAGCUGACCCUCAAGCAGCAGUAUGACGAGCUGGAGGCUGAGUACGACAGCCUCAAGCAGGAGCUGGAGCAAAAGAGGCCUUCGGGCAGUCCUUCUCCAUCCACCGGAAAGUUGCUGAGGAUGGAGAGACUCGGGAGGAAACGCUGCUGCAGGAGUCAGCCUCGAAGGAAGCCUACUACCUGGGGAAGAUCUUGGAGAUGCAGAACGAACUGAAGCAGAGCCGGGCCGUGGUCACUAACCUACAGGCAGAGAACGAGAGGCUCACCGCUGUGGUGCAGGACCUGAAGGAGAACAAUGAAAUGAUGGAGCUACAGCGAAUCCGGAUGAAGGAUGAAAUUCGAGAAUAUAAAUUCCGAGAGGCCCGGCUCCUUCAGGACUAUACUGAGCUGGAAGAAGAAAACAUCACGUUGCAGAAACUUGUGUCCACAUUAAAACAGAACCAGGUUGAGUACGAAGGCUUAAAGCACGAGAUUAAGCGAUUUGAAGAGGAGACGGUGCUGCUGAACAGCCAGCUGGAAGAUGCCACCCGGUUGAAAGAGAUCGCUGAGCACCAACUGGAAGAAGCCCUGGAGACCUUGAAAAAUGAAAGGGAGCAAAAGAACAACCUGCGGAAGGAGCUGUCCCAGUACAUCACCCUCAAUGACAACCACAUCAGCCUCUCCGUGGAGGGGCUCAAAUUUGCAGAGGACGGGAGCGAGCCGAACAAUGAUGACAAAAUGAACGGCCACAUCCACGGGCCCCUGGUGAAACUGAACGGAGACUACCGGACUCCCCCUCUGAGGAAAGGGGAGCCUCUGCACCCUGUGUCCGACUUGUUCAGUGAACUGAACAUUUCGGAAAUACAGAAACUGAAGCAGCAACUUAUGCAGGUCGAGCGGGAAAAGGCCAUUCUUCUGGCCAAUCUCCAGGAGUCACAGACGCAGCUGGAACACACCAAGGGGGCGCUGACAGAGCAGCACGAACGGGUGCACCGGCUCACGGAGCACGUGAAUGCCAUGAGGGGCCUACAGAACAGCAAGGAGCUCAAGACCGAGCUGGAUGGGGAGAAGGGCCGGGUCUCAGAGGAAGAGGCACAUGAUUAUGAAGUGGACAUCAAUGGCUUAGAGAUCCUUGAGUGCAAAUACAGGGUGGCAGUGACUGAGGUGAUCGAUUUGAAAGCUGAAAUUAAAGCCUUAAAGGAGAAAUACAACAAAUCUGUAGAAAACUAUACUGAAGAAAAGACCAAGUACGAGAGUAAGAUCCAAAUGUAUGAUGAGCAGGUGACAAGCCUUGAGAAGACCACCAAGGAGAGUGGAGAGAAGAUGGCCCACAUGGAGAAGGAAUUGCAAAAGAUGACCAGCAUAGCCAACGAAAAUCACAAUACCCUUAAUACAGCCCAGGAUGAGUUGGUGACCUUUAGUGAGGAGCUAGCUCAGCUUUACCACCAUGUAUGUCUGUGUAAUAAUGAAACCCCCAACAGGGUCAUGCUGGACUACUAUAGGCAAAGCAGAGUGACUCGUAGUGGCAGCCUCAAAGGGCCCGAUGAUCCCAGGGGACUUCUGUCUCCACGGUUAGCCAGGCGGGGGGUGUCAUCCCCAGUAGAAUCAAGGACCUCCUCUGAACCAAUUACAAAAGAAAACACUGAGGCCAGCAAAGAACCGAGUCCAACCAAGACCCCCACUGUCUCUCCUGUAAUUACUGCCCCACCGUCAUCUCCAGUAUUAGAUACAAGUGACAUCCGCAAAGAGCCAAUGAACAUCUACAACCUUAAUGCCAUUAUCCGGGACCAAAUCAAGCAUCUGCAGAAAGCCGUGGACCGGUCCUUGCAACUGUCUCGUCAAAGAGCAGCAGCACGGGAGCUGGCCCCCAUGAUCGAUAAAGACAAGGAAGCCUUAAUGGAGGAGAUCCUCAAGCUCAAGUCCCUGCUGAGCACCAAACGGGAGCAGAUUGCCACCCUGAGGGCCGUGUUGAAAGCCAACAAGCAGACAGCUGAGGUGGCACUAGCUAAUCUCAAGAACAAAUAUGAAAAUGAGAAAGCAAUGGUGACUGAAACGAUGACGAAACUUAGAAAUGAACUGAAGGCUCUGAAAGAAGAUGCAGCAACUUUCUCAUCCCUGAGAGCAAUGUUUGCAACAAGAUGUGAUGAGUACGUCACACAGUUGGAUGAGAUGCAGAGACAGUUAGCAGCCGCAGAGGACGAGAAGAAGACUCUAAAUACUUUGUUACGAAUGGCUAUCCAGCAAAAACUCGCCCUGACCCAGCGGCUGGAGGACUUAGAAUUUGACCAUGAGCAGUCGAGACGCAGCAAAGGCAAAUUUGGAAAAAGCAAGAUCGGCAGCCCUAAACAAAAAGAGUUUCUUGUAGAUUGUCAGCAGCCUGCUGCCUCCGUACCGCCACAGUGCUCACAACUAGCCGGGAGGCAAGACUGCCCGACGGUCAGUCCUGACACAGCUCUCCCCGAGGAGCCGCCACAUUCCAGCUCGCAGUGCGCCCCGCUCCGCUGUCUCUCCAAGCCUCCCGACCCCCCCUCUGCACCUCCCGCGGACGAACAUCUGGGGUGAACGUUUUGUAGCCUCACCCAGGACACUGCCCAAGGCCCAGCUGCUGUUUGCUUCUCGGUGGUUAGACGCUGUGGUGGGAUUAAUGCCCGUCACUUGGGAAGAUGAAAGUUGAGAAGAUUAACACAAAGCCCAGACUCCCGUGUGAUACAGCGUAUUACGGUUUCUCUAAGUCACAGAUGAACUUCUGCAAUGAAAUGGCCACAGUUCAAUGAAAUAAAAAACAAACAUCAACCGAACAAAGAACACAGGACACGUAGCUCAGACGACUGGCUUUAUGUCGAUAGCGUAAGAGAGACCUAAGACCAUGUAAAAUACAUAUAUUGUAAAAUCUUCCUUCCUCAAACGUCACAUUCGGCUGUAGAAAUUGAUUCCAGCUUUUCUCACCAUUGGUAUUCAUUUUGUGCUUUUGUUUGCCACGUAGUUUAUGUCUAUAGAAAUCAUUUCUCUAAGAGGUGAAUUUAAGUCAUUUAUUUUUAAAGAAGUAUCAUUUGCUCCAUUAAGUAUGAGUUGCAAUAGAGAUUGACAUCUGGUAUGGGCCAGACUGUGGACAUUUUUCUUGCACAAAAAAUGAUAAAUGAGGUGCAUCGGAAUGUUAACAGCAACUGUAUUUUGCUGCUACACUGAUAUUGUUUAUGCACUUACUUUCUAAUCAGCUCAUUAACUGCUGGAUUUUCUUUUUUAACUAGAAGUCUUCACUGGACAUUAAGUAAAUCUAAGAAAGAGACUAUGUUAUGAUUCAUUGACUUAUUCAACUUUGGACGGCAUCUUUAAUUUUUUUAAAUUGCAGAUGAGUAGAUGCACUGGUGCUGCUCCUUUGUGUGUGUAUAUGUGUGUGUGAUGAUGUUAAAGAAGGCUGAAAAAUAGGGGGGAAAUGGUGUGUUUAUUUAAUGACCAGAGUUUUCUUUUUACUUCUCCCAAAUUCAGGGUCCUCCUAUGAGUCUUUCCCACUGAAAGGUAUCAAAUACAAAUGGGGAAAAUAUAUACAUAGAUAGAUGUAAGUUCGCCUUCCGUUAAUGAAUUUACCCAGAAAGUGUUCAAAUAGUGAUUAAAAUUGUAUGUGUUGUUGUUGUUAGUUUUUUCAUAAUGAAUCUUCCUUGCCAAAAAAACAAUAGAUAAUAAACCUUAGCUCAUUGUCUACUUUUGACAAACACUCAGGUGCCUACCAUCAUAUUAUACAUACUGAGAUCAUACAUGUUCCUAGUUCAUUUACAAAUUCUGCUGGGUAACUUAUGACUUGGUUUAAGGCAGUAGAUUUUCAUGGCAAAAUUUAGUUUGCACAUCAUCUGACACACAAGGAAAACAGCUAAUUGGGCUGAAAGGCCUAACACUCUCGGGCUCCUUAACUAUCAAGUGCUGCCCACACAACUGCUCCCAGCCCUGAUUCCUUGCCUAGUCAGGUAGCCUUAACUUAUUUACAAUCAUAACGGUUUGACCUGUUCCUGUAACAGUAUCUGUAACUUCUCUUUAAAACAAACACAAUCCUCACGGUUAACAGAGAAGAUGGUUAACAAUACAGGGCUCUAAUAAUGAAGAUCUCGUCAGAGCCACUCAGCCUAUUGAGCGGGCGUGGGUGGAACACUGAUGGAAUGGUCCAUCGCGGAUGGCGGCCGAUCGGUAAGUCAUAAAGCACAGUGCAGGAGCUUUCAUCAGUCAUGCACCUGUGAAGUUGUGGUCACUAUUACCAAAGCAACCAAGAGGCUUGUAAUUUCUUAUAUAGGAGUGCUAUUUUCAACAGUGUCGUUUAUUAUGCAACUUGAAGUCGUUAGAAAUUUUCACCAUACAUAGAGAUUCAGGUUAAGGAAACAGAAAAAGAGACAAGUCUUCAUAAAGUCUCCAUCGUGGCAGCCUAGCCUUCUGUUUCCCCCCCACCUGCAAUGGCCUUGCUGUUCCUGAACACCUUCUUCAUUUUAUUGGUGUUGUAUCUGCCCUGUACCAGUGUUAGUGAGACAGCGUGGAUUGUAUCAGAGUUCAAUUAAAGGUAGCUACUCCUCACCACUGCUUUCUCUUUUUUCCUUUUUGUUCUUUCUUUUCCAAGUAUUAUGUGUGUGGACCUGAGAAGUGGGAUAGCUGCAAAGUUGACUUUCAAUAAAAACUGUUUGUGCCUGACGGAAAAUACGCCAAUCUAAAAAGCACCUCAGGACAUCUUUCUGUAUUGCCUCAUCAGUUUUGUUGCUGGUGCAGGGAAUUCAGCAGUAAGCGUUGUCUCUGUAUAACUACAGAGCAGUCAUCCUACUGACGGUGCAGUAUUGCAUCUUUCUUGGUAUUUAUGCCCCAGUGAAAGGCCGGGUCACAGACAACACUUUUUUUCUGACAAUAGACAUUUUAUCAAGUCUAUAUUAAUUUUUUUUCAGUUCCUUUUUAUGAACAGAAUGGGAAAUAUUUAUUUUGAAACAUCAAUUCUAUAAAAAGGUUCAUUUUAGCAAAACUUUGCCAAGAAGGUAUAGAAACUUGGAAAUAAAUUUCUAAUUUUCGGCACAAAAUUAGGUCGUAGUACCCAAGCAGUAAGAGAGAAUUCCAUGUAUUUACACUGUGGCAUCAUUUAGCAUAGUUUGAACUCAGCCUCAUCUAUAUUUAUUUAAAAUGAAUAAAUAUGUGUAGCGCUGAUGAAAAAAAAAUCAGUAUACGUGUAAAGAAUAUCAUGAUUGAAAUUGAAGUAUUAGUGGAAAAAACAAAAACAAAAAAAACCCUCAGUAAAACCACUUGAAGAGAGAUGUGGCGGGAAAAGACUACAGAAAUACAAAAAUACCGGCUAAUUAUUUCAAACACAGUGAGCAAAGAUUAAAAGUAACUAGCAAGUGUGGUUAGCAGAGUAACCAGGUAAUUUUUAAAAAGUAAGCACAAUUACCACACUGAGAAGGACAAUAUGAAGAAAUGCUUUUUACUGAGGAUUUGUUUUUAGUUAAAUGGUAAAAUAAAAAGGGGUGAUAUCUUGUCUUUGGCCUGAGGGCCCAGGAGCAUACAGGACCCUCAGAUUAAUCUUUCCAAUCAUACCCCUUCCAUCCAAUUCUGUUUCAAUAAGAGAAAUUUGGAUAACUUUGAGAAAUCAAAGUUAUUAAGUAAUUAAGAGAAGACCUAUUCAGAAAGAUUAAACUUUAGCCUAAGGAAGACAUAGACUAUUGACCUGCAAGAAAAUGUAACCAAUGAUAGAUGGCAGCUAUCGACAUUGUUAUUAAGACUAGAAUAAGAAAAACAGUCUUCAGUGUGAGGGAUUUAUAUUAGCUCUAGGAAAGAGAUUCUUAACAGUGGUAAAUUAAUAUCAAAAUUGAUAAUUAUGUUGAUUUGUUUUUACAAAAUUAAAUAUUUAUUGUCCAGUAAGGAUUAACUUAAGUGGUAAGAUAUCUUAUGAUGAUGUAUUAAAAUUCUAGGAUUUCAUAAUCCUGUUAAUCUUUUAUUUUAGAUUUAAAAAUAAAGUACUCUGGUUAGCCAUAAAAUAUUUUAUUCCUUGAAAGUAGAAUAGCAAUCCUAAUUUUUCCAAAAUAUUUGGUAAAAAAUAAAACAAGAUUGUUGGUAUUUUUUCUUGCAGCUAUAUUUCAUAUCUUUAAAAUUAUCCAGAAUAUAGUAAUUUUACUAUAAAAAGCCUCAAUUGUCAGUCUAAAAAAAAAAUAUGUCCUCAGGAAUACUUUGGAAAUAGAAGGUUCGCAUUCCCUUAAGGGGGUAAAUGCCUCUCAAACAUUAUCUUUUCUUAAAAGAGUCUUCAAUCUACAACAUUUGCUUUUCCCAGGUUUUAGAAAAUAUCCAUGUAGAGAUAGUCCUUCUGUCUCAAACAAGCAUGAAAUGUCGAUCAAAUAAACCAUAAAUGUGGACAUUUCCUGAUAUUCUGCAUUAAAUACAAUCCUCUGCAGUCUCAAAUGGUAAUUACAAAAUGUAAAAACGAAAAGUGAAAUCUAUUUUCUACUGUGGUAAGAAUGGCAAGUUUAAUGUAUAAUUGUUCUGUUCCAUCAGCCAAAAGACAUAAACUGUCUCUCAGAAAGGCACAUCAGGGGAAACAUGGAUUUCCAGGAAGCAACUGUGCUGGUUCAACCAAGGUUGCCACAAAUGCACUGAUGUUGCAGAUAUAAAGCAGGACUAGGUUCAAAAGGAACUCUUAGAGAAAAGUUCACGAUUUUAAAUAUUGCCCUAUAACUUACCUGUUUAUGAACCAGAGUGUUUUUAAAAUAGUCCUUGUAUUUAAUAUCACAAACUGUUUCCACAUAAAGGGAAGAACAUAAUUCUUCAAAAAGCUGUUGAACUGGUGUAGUGAUAGGUAGUAUAGUGAGUGCUGAUAUUGACAUAAUUUCCACCUUAAAAUCAAUUUCUGUGGACAUACAAGACUACUCUGGCUUCUGAAUGAACUUUUCCAUUGUCUGUAAUAAUGCCUCCAGAUGAGUGGUGUCUGAAAUAGAAUUCAACUUAUUUUAAAUACCAGGUUAACUGCCAUUGUUCCUGAUGUAUUUCAUUUGUAACCUGAUUCUAUUAUUUAACACCUGAAAGGUUUCCUCUAGACAUCUCUUCUAUAGUUUUUACUCAAAGUAUAACUGAAAAAAGAUACUUAGUAUUACAAUAUGUUCCUCAAUCAAGGAUUUCCAGAAAUAAUCUACUUACGAAGAAGAGCAGCAAUGAACUGCCUUUAGUGUAAGGGUAUGAGUGCAUAAAAGUAUGCCGUGUAAAAUGUUUGCAUGAGAUAUUUCACAUCAUGUAAGCUUUCCCAUAUUCAUAAUAUGAACAGUAUAGAAGUCAUUUCUUGUGAUUUCUCCAUUAGGAAUGUAAGGAGAUUGUUACUUAUAUCUGGUCUCCUUUCCAUAUUGAAAUGCAUGGCUCUAAUCAGUAUAUUUUUAUUCCUUUCCUCUGGAGUUAUUUAAAUUUUGUCCUCUUUAAACUGAAACCUGGAUAAACUGCUGAGCCAGGUUAUUUCUGCGAUUGGAGUUUACUUGCUUGUAACAUUGGUUGAGAGCACAUUCUGAUUUUAACUUUAUUUAAAGAAUUAGUCUCUGAUCAUUAUGGUUGAAAACACUGAGAAGAAAAUCUGUGUUCUAAUGUGACUAUUUUUCUUUUUUCAAAGUCUUUUUAAAACAAAGAUCAGAGAACUAUAGAGAGAAAUUCCAUCAUUUUGUUGACAAAUCAUUAGCCGAUAAUAAUGGAAAUAUAGAAUGAAUAAUUUUGUUGUUUGGGUUCAUAGUAUGAUUGUGCACCAAAACUUAGAGAAAGUAAAUGACUUUAACAUCAUUGCCACGACAUUUUUAAACUGGAUGGUUUGACUGUUAGAGUCAAUUAAACAAUUCUUUGAAAAUCUUUUGUGACAUUUUUAUAAUCUACUCAGUGUUUUUAUUUGCAUGAUUAUGUAUAUGGGAUGAACCGUACAUGAUUCUGAUACUGUGUUUGUUUCCAGCAUUAACAUUUGUGUAAUGUGUGGCCAAUCCCGAUUUGUACACAGCAUGAUUACUGUUGUAAUUAUUCUGCUAUUUCCACCUUUAAUUGCAAUUUUGUUACUAUGCCUUUUCGGGAUAAAUGAUGUGAAACAUUUCCACAUAAUGAGAAUAUCAUAUAAAAACAUGACUAGAAGGCUGACCUAAGGAAGUAUUUUUAAUAAUUAUUGCUAAUUAUUUUUAAAAAUUCAAAUUUCAAAGGAAACUUGUUCUCAAAGUAAAUAUAUGCAUUUAUUUUAAAUUCAAAAAAUUCCCUAUUAAUUUAUCAUUGCUGUCCUGUUUCAUUUUUUUUUUAAGUUGUAGACAAUCCUAAGUGAAUGCCUCAUGGGAGAAUCCAUAUAUGUGCUUGCAUUUCUGUAAUCUGAUCAUGCACUCAAAUGGUUGGAAAAGAUACUCCAGUGCUAAGAAAAUAACUGAAGCCAAUAUAUUAAUUCUUAUAUCUUGGUUUAUGUUACCAACUGAAUAUGGUGUGAUGCAUAACUCUUCCCAGUAAAUAAACUGGUUAUCUUUUGUUCAUUU